GUUGUAUCUCCUGCCUAGGGAAUGUUUUCCAAAAAGCCUCAUGGAGACGUUAAAAAAUCAACACAGAAAGUGUUGGACCCGAAGAAGGACGUGUUGACGAGACUCAAGCAUCUCAGAAGUGUCAUAGAAAAUUCCGAGGCUCCAGAUCUGAAGCAGUUCUUUGAUAUGUACUAUUCCCAUAUCUACUAUGUCUUCUUUGAAAACUUUGUCACCAUUGAGGUCAGCCUCAAGCAAAAAGGUCAUAAGUCUCAGAGGGAGGAGCUGGACUCAAUCCUCUUCAUCUUUGAGAAAAUUCUUCAACUUCUGCCAGAGAGAAUCCAGAGUCGGUGGCAGUUCCACAGCAUAGGACUAAUUCUUAAGAAGCUGCUUCACACUGGAAACUCUCUGAAGAUCCGUCGGGAAGGCGUGCGGCUGUUUUUGCUGUGGAUGCAGGCGCUGCAGAGCAACGCUGAGAGCGAGCAGCUGUGCAUGUUUGCAUGUCUGAUUCCGGGUUUUCCCGCUCCUCUCUUACGUGGGACCCCACGCACCCUGGACACUAUGAUCAACCCGCCGCUGAGUCUGACUGAGACUCAAGUGACCCCAGAAGAAAUCACACCAUUGGUCGCUCCACAGUCCGGCGAUAAGAACCAGGAUGACCUCACUGCCUUUUUCCUUGAAGCUCUGCUGAAAUACAUGGUAAACCAGGCGAAGUCUCUGGAGUGGCGGUGUAAAGAGAACCAUGAGCGUGGCUUCAGCUUCCUCUUUGGCCACUUCAGGAAGUUUUACCUUCCUCACAUAUUUCCCAACUUCGCUAUGGAAACGAGCCUGUACAACCCCAUCUUGGAUGUACCUUCGAUGCGUCCUAAGCCCUACUACAGUGUGGUGCGCAGAGAGCAGGAUGGUGGUGAAACCGUGUACUGCACCAAGGAGAGCUUCCUUCAGGCCAGAGUCAUCUUUAUCCGCUGGCUCGUUUCCUUCUGGUUGGAACCGCGACCCAACACCCAAACCCAGAUUCCAGGAACAGAAGGCGAGAGCGUCCCAAAGAACAUACAGCGAGCAGCUGCUGGAUUGGCCGCUCGCUCAGCAGGCAGCUCAGACGACGGCGGUGGAGGAGGGAGUCGGUCCGAGAGUCACCUAGAAAGCAGCGGCAGCUCGUUGGGGCCGACGGGAAGCAGCAUCGGCGGUCCGGUGGGUGUAGGAGAGCCGGAGCAGAGCCAUUCCAACACUUCCACGCUGACGGAGAGAGAGCCCAGCUCCUCCUCCCUGUGCUCCAUGGACGAAGAGCAGCUGACAGACAUGGAGGUGGUGAGGAGAGUGCUGACCAACUCCAGAACCAAUGUCAACUUCAUCAUAGAGAUCUUCAGACAGGGAUUUCUACUUCCCAUGUGUGAGGCAGCUGUGAUGCGAAAAGUGGUUCGUGUUUAUCAAGAGUGGAUCUCCAUGGAGGACAAGCCAGUAUUUAUGAAAGAGCCAGAGGAAGGUCCGUAUCCCAUUCCUGCUGCUAGUAGUCUGGAUGCCGGCUCUCAGCUGGGAGACAAAGAGGCUGAGAAAAUCAACAAAGAGAUUGACAGCGAAUUGCUGGAGUACAGUAUUCAUGCUGGAGGUCAAACAACACUACAGGUCUUCAUCACCCACUCUGCCAACGUUUUCCUGCUGGAACCCGCCAAUGACAUCAAGAUCCUUUUAGAGGAGCAUGUUGACAUGUGCAAACGGGUCCUGAACAUCUACCGCAGCUUAGUUAUGCACGAAACCAUGGACCAGAAAACAUGGGAGCAGAUCUUACUGGUCCUGCUGAGGGUGACAGAAUCUGUCAUGAAAAGGCCUCCAUCCAUCAUGCCUCAAGGGAAGAAAAUCAACACGCUGUCCGGCAGGCUGGCUGGGCCCAUCUUUCAGACUUUAAUAGUUGCCUGGAUUAAGGGCAACUUGAACGUGUAUAUCAGCAGAGAACUUUGGGAUGAUCUCCUCUGUGUGCUUUCUUCUCUGACCUGCUGGGAGGAGCUGGUUACUGAGUGGUCACUCACCAUGGAGACCCUCACCAAGGUUUUGGCCAGGAACCUGUACAGCGUGGAUCUAAAUGAGCUGCCUCUGGACAAACUCAGUGAACAAAAGCAGAAGAAGAUUAAAGGAAAAGUCGGUACGGAGGGCCAGCGGCAGGCCGUGGAUCGGUCUUUCUCUAAAGGCUGGAGCAGAGACCAGCCGGGUCAGGCGGCCGCCAUGCGCCAGCGAAGCGCCACCACAGCCGGCUCACCAGGCAUCGAAAAGGCAAGGAGUAUUGUUCGCCAGAAGACUGUAGCCCUGCGUAGCUGUUCUACGGGGGACUCUCUGCUGUCCUCCGCCUUUAUUCGCAGUGCUAAGAGUGCUCCUGCUCUGGCUCCGCCUAUUCCUGUCCUCCUCCACCACCACCACCCUUUUCUACCCCCUCUUGCCGACCAUCUGGCAGAUCUCGAGGACCCCCCCAUCACGCUGACGUCCCGCACUUCACGAAUGAGGCACUCAUCACAGAGCGACGAGACCCCGCCCACCACCGGUUCCGAGGUCUUCCAGGGGGGAGCUUGUGACCUGGACACCCCGGCACCAUCCACCCUCGCCCGGAGUAGCAGCGCCUCUGACAUCAUGGAGCCCUUCAUCGCCGAGCGGGUCAAAGGUGAAGACACCCAGCGGAAUCCCAUGUCCUUCCUGAAUUCUCCACACCACCACUCCACAACUACCUCCUCACUUGCAGCCAACAGCCACACAACUCCGCCUCUCUCACAACCCCUCACCUCCUUUAAUCCCUCAUCUUUCACCCUCUCCAAUGGUGUUUCCUUGUCCUCAGAACCACAGGAUGAUGCUAGUGUUUGUAACCAGUCCUGGCUCCGAGCUGGCUCCGGAAGCCACGGCUCUAGCUCUGACUGGGUGAGCGACUGGGACUCCGCUUUCGCUUUUUCAUCUGAAAAGGAAAUUGAUGCAGAUGAGGGGGAGGUGGGGUGUGAAGUCGAAGAGGACGAUUUAUUCUCCUCCAUCAGAGACUAUCUCAUUCAGAAAGGAGGCGAAAAGAAAGAGGAGGUCAAAGAGGGAGGCGGUGCUGGUCAUCUAUUAGAAGGUUUUGUGGCUUUACCUGCACAGGAGCAAAGCAGGGAAGCCAGAUCCCAGUUAGAGGAGGAGAAGCGAGUGGUAAAUGAGGACAGGCAGGUAAGUAAAUCAGUGAGACACAGGAGUGUGGACUCCACAGAGGAGAGUGAAGCAGAGCAACCCAGUAUCUACGAGUGUUUGGAGCUACAGUGUGAAUGGCCAUCUCCCAGUGUUAAAGGGAGCACUAGCUUAGAGAGAAACUUGGAGGAGAAAAAAACAGCUGGAGCAGGACACGAAGGGAAACUUGACUUGUGGGGUGAGAUAGAAGAGAAACAAGAAGAUAAAGGAGAAUCAAAACAGAGGGCGCGGUUGAUUAGACAGAAUUCAAUCACAGCCGAACCUAACACCGAAUCAUCAAUUCCCCAAACCUCCGACUCAGCCAAGUUAAAAAUGUCUCGCAGUGGCAUCAAGCGGCAUCAGUCUGCCGGGGUCCAUGUCAGCUUCCGGCCCUCCACCGAGUCCGUCCAGUUCCACAACCCCUUGGAGAACAAGGAGGCCCACUGGAGAGCCAGAUUGCGUCGCCUCAGUCAUUUCCACACUCACAGCCACUCGGCUGGGGAGAAGAUGGCCAGAGCUGGGGUGGGCUCAGGGGGAAAGCUAGGAGCAGAAAGUCCAGGUAAGUUCGGCCCAGGGAACGGAGCUGGCCAUAAAACACGAGCAAACGAGAAGUUGUUGCCCGGAGCUCCUGCAGGUAGCAGAGAUUCCUCUGCAGACAGACUGGGGACAGGAGGGGAGAAGCAACUCCCAGGGUCCUGUAUUGGGUCCGGUCUGGGCCCAGAGGUCAACUCUGAGGGUUUGUCAAGUUCCUCAGGAGUGCGAGGACGUUUGGGACGCUCUGCCCUGCGGUCCCGAGUCUGCCGCUCACGCUCCCAGGAGCCUGGCAUCACUACCUCACGACACCACCAGGGCGCUCUUCUCGGUGGCAUGUAUAAGACCGUUGUCCACGCCCUGUCCUCCAAACCUCGGCCCAGAGGCCAGGGGUCAUCCCAGGGGUCAUCGCCGCAGCGACAGACCAGGGCCAGCUCGGGUGACGCCUCGCUAAAGGAUCUCUACUCCCACGUCCUGGGCUACUUUGGAAGAAAGACGACAACGCCAGCCAACAAAGAGGAGGUGGUCCAGAAGGCCCGCCCCGUGUCCAGCGAUGUUGGAAGCAGCAACCCAAACUUUUCUGACCUGAUGGAUGAGUUCAUUCAGGAAAGACUGAGAAACAAAGGGACAGUGGGUCGUCGAGGAAGCAGUCCAGUGGGUCUUGAGGUUCCGAAGGACUUGCCAGAGCUCCUGGAGGCCGGUCAGGGGGCGGGGUCGAGACCCACAGAUGACCCUCGACCCGUUGAUGACCCCGGAGUUCCCUCUGAGUGGACGUCACCUGCUAGUGCCAGCGGUUCCGAUGUCAUCAGCUCAGACAGCCAGUCGGAUUCCUUUAAUGCCUUUCAGUAUUCAGCAUGCAAAUUUGACAAUUUUACAUUCAGUUCAGAUGCAUGUGGAGGAGGAGCAGGUUCUACAGGAGGCGGCCGAGGCAGCUCACUGGACCAGGACAGUUUAGGAGGGGGCUUAGCCUGUGACGAGCCCGAAGUGGCCAGUUUGACGACACUCCACAUGGACUCAGAGACCAGCAGCCUUAGCCACACGGUUACCGUUACUGGCUCUGAGAGUGCCUCGCCCAUGCAUUCCCUCGGGGGCUCCCGUUCCCAGACCCCCUCCCCAGCCACGCUGACAGCUGAGCACGCUGAUCACGCUGAUCACACACACAGUCAUUCACACACACACUUGCAGCUGGACCAGAAACUCCACAGCUCUGUACUCCAGACCCCAGAUGAUCUAGAAACAAGCGAGUUCCCCAGCGAGGACUGCAGUGUGAUGGCAGGCGGCUCUCUAACUGGAUGGCACGCAGAUGUUGCCACGGUUAUGUGGAGGAGGAUGCUGGGUAUCCUGGGAGAUGUUAACACCAUCAAAGACCCAGAAAUCCAUGCUCAGGUUUUUGACUACUUGUGUGAACUGUGGCAGAACUUGGCCAAGAUCAGAGAUAAUUUGGGGAUUUCUCUGGACAACCAGUCAUCCCCCCCACCUCCUGUUCUGAUUCCUCCUCUAAGAAUCCUCACCCCUUGGCUCUUCAAGGCCACCAUGCUGACUGAGCGUUACAAGCAGGGAAAGCUUCAUGCCUACAAACUAAUUUGUAGGAUAAUGAAAAGACGUCAAGAUGUUUCCCCAAACACCGACUUUCUCAUGCACUUCUACAACAUCAUGCACCAAGGGCUGCUGCACCAGGACCAGGACAUUGUGAACACCAUCAUCAAGCACUGCAGUCCCAGGUUCUUCAGCAUCGGUCUUCCUGGAGCCACCAUGUUGAUCCUGGACUUUAUCAUCGCAGCUUCCAGAGUCACUGCAUGUUCAUCACUCAAUGCUCCAAGAGUCGAGGCCCAGAUUCUUCUUGGGUCCCUUGUGUGUUUCCCCAACUUUUACGAGGAACUUGCUGCUCUCCAUCCGACCACUGCUGACAUUGUACGGACUAAAUUCCCUGAAGUCAAGGAACACAUUAUCAAAACCAUCCUGACCUCUGCCAGGGAUGAACCCUCUGCUCCUGCAAGAUGUGUGGCUUUGUGCAGCCUGGGUAUCUGGCUGUGUGAAGAGUUGGCUCAUGGAACUGAACAUCCUCAGAUUAAAGAAGCUCUCAAUGUAAUCUGUGUGACCCUGAAGUACCCCAAUAAGACUGUUGCCUUGGUGGCCUCGGACAUCCUUCACCUCCUAAUCAGUUACGUGGAUCAUCUUCAGAAAUUCCCCCCUGACAUGCCAAAGAAGAUUGUAGAGAUUCUGAUUGCCACUAUCACAUAUCUGCUGCCUAGCACCGAGUCCUCCUCUUAUGAGCUGGAUAAGAGGCUAGUAGUUUCCCUUCUGUUGUGUUUGUUGGACUGGGUAAUGGCUCUGCCCCCAAAGACUCUUCUCCAGCCUGUACAAACACGAAGCCCCCCAGAAAGGGAGCAACCGACCAAAACGCUGCUCAGCUGUAUUUACAAGGUCCUGCAUGGGUGCGUUUAUGGAGCGCAGUCAUUCAGCAGUCCCAAGUACUUCCCACUACAGCUGUCGGACCUGUCGAGUUCAGACUACGACCCGUUCCUGCCAUUAGAGAGCCUCCGCGAACCAGAACCUCUGCACAGCCCAGACUCGGAGCGCUCCAGCAAACUGCAGCCUGUCACUGAAGUUCGUAGUCGUAUCCAGCAAGGCCUGGUUUCCAUUGCAGCCAGAACCGUUAUAACCCAUCUGGUGAAUCAUCUGGGACAUUAUCCAAUGUCCGGAGGGCCAGCAACUCUGUCCAGUCAGGUGUGUGAAAACCAAGACAAUCCGUUCUGUGGGAGUCCAGAUCUCGGACCAGAACUCUUCAAUUCGCCCAACCUUCAGUUUCUGGUUCUGAACGGCUCCACACUGCUCUCUGUUCUCCAGAUCCGAUCAGAGUCCGGUGUCCCGGGAGGAGGAAUGACGGCUGGCUUGUCCUCUGCUCCUGCUUGCGUCCGUGUCAUCAUCCGAGAUGUUGCAGGAAAACACUCCUGGGACUCGGCAGUCCUCUACGGGCCUCCGCUGUGCUCCCCGAACAGUCCGGUGCGCACACUUUUAACACAGACGCAGUCGCCGCGCAGCGCAAACCUUCAAUUACGCACUCCAUCAGGAGGUCUGCAGAACAAGAUGGAGUUGAAGGAGGAAGAUGAUGAAGUAGAUGGGCAGGAGGAGCGGGGGCCGGAGGAGGAAGAAAGAGAGAUGGAAAGUGACAGACAAGAGUUUCAAGUAGCCGAGGAGGAAGGAAAAGUUGGUGAUGAGGAGAGGGAAGAUCCAGGAGGAGGGGGAAACGUUGAACAUGUGGAAGAGAUAGAGCAGGAGGAGGAGGCAGAGAUGCAUGUCCAUCACGUGGACGAGGAUUCUGGUUCGGAAAAGCUUCUUGCUCCACCACUAGCUAAGCGAGUGUGUCGGGAGGCGGUGCCAGCGUGGAAUUCUCUGGAAGAUGGAGAUGAUGCGCUGGAUGAGAUGCUGCAGUAUCUGGGUUACUCGAGUCCAGAGUGUCUACAGAGAGCAGGCAUGCCACUCAACAUCCCAGCGCCCCCUCCAGGGUGUGUGUCAGAGAAGCAGGAGAAUGAUGUGAUCAACGCCAUCUUGAAACAGAGUGCUGCAGAGCGCGAGUUUGUCCUUCAUAGAGGUGAGGAGCUGAACAUGAGAGCAAUGCAGCAGACCGAACCGGAGACUGAGACGCCUCAGUCGGCCUUCUACUAUUGUAGGCUCCUCAUCAACAUACUGGGACUCAACUCCUGGGAGAAAAGGAGUAACUUUCAUUUGCUGAGAAAGAACGAGAAGUUACUGAGAGAGCUGAAGAAUCUAGACUCACGGCAGUGCCGAGAGACUCACAAGAUUGCAGUAUUUUACGUGGCUGAAGGUCAAGAGGAUAAACACUCCAUACUCACCAACACCGCUGGCAGCCAAGCUUAUGAAGAUUUUGUUUCAGGACUCGGGUGGGAGGUCGACCUCAAGACUCACUGUGGGUUCAUGGGAGGCCUUCAGAGAAAUCACAGCACUGGCCAGACGACACCUUACUAUGCCACAUCCACGACCGAAGUCAUCUAUCACGUGUCCACUCGCAUGCCCCCUGACCAGGAUCAGAACCUCACCAAAAAGCUCCGACACCUGGGCAACGACGAAGUCCACAUCAUUUGGUCUGAACAUUCCAGAGACUACCGCCGAGGGAUCAUCCCUACUGAAUUUGGGGAUGUGUUGAUUAUCAUAUACCCUAUGAAGAACCACAUGUAUUCCAUCCAAAUACUCAAGAAGCCAGAGGUGCCAUUCUUUGGGCCACUGUUUGAUGGUGCUAUAGUGGACAUGAAAAUUUUAUCCACCAUGGUCAGAGCCACAGCCAUCAACGCAAGUCGAGCUCUCAAAUCGCUCAUUCCUCUCUACCAGAACUUCUAUGAGGAGCGAGCCCGAUAUCUAGAAACCAUUGUGCAGCACCACCAGGAGCCAACCAUGUUUGAGGAUUACGCUGCUCGAGUCUACAGCCCAGCUCCCUGCACUCACCCGCCCUCCGACACAGGCUCCUGCUUAGAGAUGCUUCGGGGAGAAAGUCCAGCUCUUGGGGAGGCCGGGAUCGACUCGCCGUCCCCCAUGUCUCCUCGAACUAGCAAGACCCGCAUGUCGAUGAAGCUGCGGCGGUCCUCUGGAUCCGCCAAUAAGACUUGAGUCUCUCCAGUUGAUCACUUCAUCCUCACGGAUAUAGCUUAGUGUCGCAUCUCACAUCCAUCAGGGGUGAACAAUGGCUGUUUUUCCUGCACUGAACACGCACGCACUUACAAAUAUACAUCUGGUAUAAUCUCACUGUGUAAAUCUGCAGCUUUGCUUUCAUAAAACACUCACUCCAAUGCUGCUGAAAAACUUAAGCUGUGCAGUAUUAGAUCACACCAACACGUGCCAUGUGAGGAAGUUAUCAAACACCUGUGUUACCAAGACUGCAAAACCGUAUUAAAAAUUAACUGUGCCACAUCAUACACUGCUCUGCAAGCAAUGCUAGAGAGGACAUUUGGUUGGAUAAAACGUCAGAGCAAACACAUCAGUAUAUUUGCAGCUAGCUGCAGGAGAAAGUGUUUUUCUUAUCGAAUACAGACAUAUUUGUGGAAGAUAGAAAGGUUCAGAAAUCACAACCUAGGUCAUGCUGUCAACUGUGGACAAGCACUGAUAUUCAUUGCAUUUGUUUUGUCUUUUUUUAUGUAAAUUGUGCUUUCACUCAAACAAAAUUGUCAAAUGCUGUAUUUUUAUUUGUCCCUCCAAAAACAAGAUUGCUUCUUUUUUUUUGCUUCUUUGACUAUAAAUAUGUAUUCUGUAUAUCUUUACGAGUAUAAAUAUAUAUAUAUACAUAUAUAUAUAUAUUAGAUACGUGGAUAUCUAUGAGAGUCUGUACAGUGUGACGAAGCUUGUUGUGUAAAUAAGAUUACAAGAAAAGCUGCCAAAGCCAAAACUGUGGUUUAACCUCAGAGCAUGUGUUUGCUAUAAAUAAAAACAUGGGUCAACACUACAGAAUGUUACAUUUAACUAGAGCGUUUUUCUUCAUCAGUUUGCACUUCAUCCUCUGGAAAUUUGGAAAUGAGCCCGUUUAGUUCACAUUGUUAAUUAGGCGGAGGGUCUCUCUGGUUUGACUUUCUUUCCACAGACUUCAGCUGGUGUCAGGUUUUACAACUCCAGCAUUUCACUUGUUGCUAAAUGGGUCCUGAUGGAAAAGACAACAAAAACCAGACUGAGAGCCAAAGAUGAGAAGAGGUGGAAUCGUCAUUUUAGAAUAUGUACAGUAUAUUUUAGCAUUAAUCCGCUCUCUGUUUAGAGACUUCACAAAUCUCCAGAUCAAAUUAGAUGGGCUGAUUUGGAGAAAAUGUUACUUUGGUUUCCCUUCACAUAUCCAUUGCCCAGUAUUAGUUUAGUUUUCUUUUUGCAGUCUCAGACAUAUAUUUUUAUAAAAAUAGAUGAAGAAAUAAAUGAAAGGAAAGGGACUGUACUUUUUUUUUUUUUUUUGAUAAAAUGCCAUUCUUUAAUAAGACCGACUAAAUGUUUCCUUUGUGUUUUAGAGUUAAGCUGAGUGCUGGUCCCUUUAAAUUAUUUUUAGAGGUCAAAAUACAAUUUGUUGUUAUGAAUUCUGUGCCGUCCCAGCACUUAAAUCUGCCCAUGUCUGCAUGCUCAUCAUCUAUUAAUUUGUCCCUUUCUUAAUCAAUUUCCUGGAAAAUAAUUUAACAAUACUCAGUUUAAAACCUGAUAAGCAUAAGCCAAAAUAAAAUAAAACAAAUGUUUCUUCUGCGAGAUGAGGAAGAAAGUCACAUUUAAGUUGAAUUACCCGCCGCCUCUGUAGGCUCUGGAUGUCCACAUGUUGGCAGAUGUUUGUAACUACUGAUGUAAAAAGAAACUGCAUUUCAGCACUAACUGCAUGUUUUCAGCACACACACAUGCUCGCAAACUCAGCAAACCUGUAAACAGUGUAGCUGUUUCAAACACAAAAUAAAGUGUCAAUGUGCAACAAUGGACUUAAACAAUAAAGGAUUUGUACCUGUG